CUGGCUACUACUCCGCACUUUACUAUAAGUGACUUGCCGGUAGACGCUUGCUCUACUUUGUCAGAACUCUUUCUUCCAUUUCAACCUAUACAGGGUGAUUAUAUGUAUGCUUGUGAACUAGACACUGGUUUAUUUCUGACAUGGAGUGAAGGGAAAUUCCCAGAAUGUCAGAACUGCAGUGGAAGGUGCUAUAUCAAUUACAGCAGCAAUCAAGUCUUGGAGUGUUAUCCUCCCAUUCCCAGACUAAAACACAAAGGUCUAUCAACUAGUUUUAUUGUCAUGGUAGUGAGUGUAUGUGGGUUUGUUGUCUUGUCAACUACGGCGGCAUCCAUCUUUUACCAUUUAAAGCAAUCAAUAAAGAGGAAAGAGGAAAAGGAGAAUCAAAGAAAGAUUGAAAAGUUCCUAGAUGAUCACAAGUCCCAUGUACCAACAAGAUACUCCUAUGCUGAUAUAAAGAAGAUGACAAAUGGAUUCAAGAAGAAGUUGGGUGAAGGAGGUUUUGGAAGUGUUUUCAGUGGAAAGCUUCCCACUAAUGGAGUUCCGGUAGCCAUAAAAGUCCUCAAGGAUUCUGAAGGAAAUGGAGAUGAUUUUGUUAAUGAAGUGGGAACCAUUGGUAGGAUUCACCAUGUAAACGUGGUCCGCCUACUUGGGUUUUCCGCUGAAGGAGGCAAACGUGCUCUUAUUUAUGAGCUCAUGCCAAACAGUUCUCUGGGGAAGUUUAUCACAUCUAGAGGAUCAAAUAAGAGCAGCAGUUCAUUUAACUGGGAGAAACUUUGCAACAUCAUCACAGGUAUAGCAAAGGGAAUCGAGUACCUUCACCAAGGGUGUGACCAGAGGAUUCUCCACUUUGAUAUCAAGCCUCACAAUAUCUUGUUAGACCAUGCCUUUAAUCCGAAGAUUUCUGAUUUUGGUAUGGCUAAACUCUGUUCCAAGGAAGAUAGUGUUAUAUCUAUGACUGCUGCCAGAGGCACUAUGGGCUACAUUGCGCCUGAAGUAUUUAAUGGCAACUUUGGAACUGUCUCCUACAAAUCGGAUGUGUAUAGUUUCGGGAUGCUAGUUCUUGAAGUUAUUGGAGCCAUGAAGGAAACUGGUCUUACAUCUAGCGACAAUGAGGUGUAUUUUCCGGAAUUGAUUUAUAAGUGUCUGAUCCAAGGAGAAGAGUUGGAUUUGGAGCUAGCUGAUGAUGGAGAUGCUCAGAUUGCUAAGAGAUUAGCAAUUGUGGCACUUUGGUGCAUCCAGUGGUACCCGGUGAGUCGCCCUUCCAUGAAAGCAGUUGUUAGAAUGCUGGAAGGAACCUUUGAAAGCUUGAUCAUGCCACCCAAUCCGUUUGCUUCCACAACUCAGAUGGAACCAACAACAACCCCAUCAAGUUAAUUAGAAACAAUGUUAAGUGAUUUCACUGAUGCUUGUCUACAUGCCUGCAUUCUAAAGGUGUACUGGU